GCCCCAUAGGUUCAGUCACGUAGGCUCCAUUUCUGCCCACCCCCGGACUCUACCCAGAAAUUCUUUGCUCCUCCCAAGUUUGAACUAGGAUUGGGCCUCUCUGUGAAUCCUUCCGACUUUGUCACUGUCUGGCGUGGCUGCUUGUCUCAGAUUUAGACCUUCCCGGACCAGCUCUGCUUCAGUUUGCUGGCACACGGCAGCACCGAGGUUGGCGAGUCUCAAAAGAGACCUUUUUCCCACCUCCUGUCUCCCCCCAACACUCCAGACCCGUCUUCCCUUCUGCUCUUCAUUGGCCUCACCUGCGCACCGCCGGAGCACGGACAGGGACGGCUCCUCACCCGGCGCACCCCUUUUGCCACCGACCCAGCAUCUCGACAGCCUUGGACGCCCUCCUCCCCCACCCCCAGCAUCCGGUGCGUCUCCGCCUGACUGGGCAGGCGGGACGCACGGGCCGAGGGACCGAGUCCGAGGCCUCACCUGCUCUGCUCCGGCAUCCAGGCGUCCGGCGCCAGCUGGUGGGGGGGCUCCCGCUCGGUGCCCGCCGGCGUGGGGUUCCCGGGCUCGCUCCUCGGCGCGGUGGGGGAGCCGAGGGCGGAGCAGCAGAGGUGCGGCUGGCUGAGGGCGGAAACGGCCGCGACGCGAUUACGAAACCCGUCCGGCUGGGAGCCGGGCGCACAGCUCCCCUCUGGACUGAGGUGGCGCUGCAGGACGGAGGGACGUGGGAGGGGCCUCGGAAGCCCCCGAGGGCCGCCGCCCCUGCCGGGAAAACCCGGGAAAGCGGACCCUCGAGGAAGGCCUGGCACGCAAGCUGGACCCUCCAGAAUCCCCAGAGCAGACAUCGGAGCCCUCGAAGUACUCCCUCCAUCUUUGGAACACGCUAGUAAUUCACUGAUAACAGGAAGUUAUGAGGGACCCUGUGAGUAGCCAGUACAGCUCCUUUCUUUUCUGGAGGAUGCCCAUUCCAGAACUGGAUCUGUCGGAGCUGGAAGGCCUGGGUCUGUCAGAUACAUCCACCUACAAGAUCAAGGACAGCAGCGUUGGCAAAACAACGGGGCAAGCAACCGGAGCAGAGCAGGAGAAAAACCCUGAAGGCGAUGCCCUCCUUGAGUACAGCACCUUCAACUUUUGGAGAGCUCCCAUUGCCAGCAUCCACUCCUUCGAAUUGGACUUGCUCUAAGCCCAAGACCUCUCUCCCACCACUUGCCCUCCUUUCCUGCCCUUUCAAGCCCCUCCUUUCCACCCUUUUACCCUAUCAGUCUUGCUCUCUCCCCUCUAUUGUGUUGAGGUGGUGCUGAUGAAUCUGCCAGAGUUGUGAUUUAUUUAUUUAUUUAUUUAUUUAUUUAUUUUAUUUAUCUAUCUUUCUUUCUUAUCAGUUUCUCUCAAAAACCCUCAAGCCACAAAGUAAAGGGUUCAAGCAAUGGAGUAUUGGGUCACAGGGAUUCCUUUCCUCCCCCCCAGAUAUUAAUUCCAGAAAACAGGCCUGAUGAGGGCACCAGAGAGUAGUAUGGAGUGCAAAAUGGAGGACUGAUUUUUUUACUUCAUUUUAAUCAGCUUCAGAGAUUGCUCAAACCUUCCUAAUUUCUUGCUCCAGGCCAGUAAACACAAAUAUUUCUUCAAGUGUUGAUGAAAACCCUGUAAGUUUCAGUUUGAGGUUAUCUGCUCUACAACUGUAGGAUUUCUAAAAGGCUAAGGUGGUCCUGCUCCUUCCUGUAAUACACUUUUUCUCAGAGAAAUUGGGGAUAAAGGUUUAAAACAAGAGGAAAUAAUACAUCAUGGGAGAUGACAAUAGGGGAAAGCACUGAAUCAUUUCAGAAAUAGAUAUGCUCUCUCAAAAGGGUUUUCCUUCUUCAAGCUUACUUUACAGUUUUGCUCCUGUCGGCUGAAAACUAGCUGAGGAAAACCACUGGGAUUUCAAAUCUUAAGAUGCAAUCCUGCUGACUAUUAUGAUAAUUUGUAGGGUAUUAUUCAGUUUCUAAAAGGCCUAGGGUUUGGUCUUUAGUAUUUUAGUUUUGCCCUCCUGCAUUUGCAAUGUAGAAUAAUGAUCAAAUGGGCCUCAGGCACAGUUCUUCAGCUACCUUGAUACCAUGAAAUGAACAAUCAACUCUGACCCUACACCUUGUCUCCACUCCUUCUGAAAUUAUUGCUGCUGAUUUGUGCUGCCAUUUAAUCACUUCUUUAAUAAAGACAUUCAAUCCCAGGA